ACCUCCCACAAAUAUCUUCUUGGCAUCUUUUGCUGUCUCUCUGCUUUACUUUCUUUGUCUUGGAUUGAUAAUUUGCUCUCGUUAGCGUUCCUUCUCUUCCAUCGCAGAGGGAUCUUUAUAUUAACAAUGAAGGUUGCAAAGGGCAAAGCAUCAACAAGGAAGGACAAAACGGAACUAUCAAAGCCAGUUGAGGAAAGAAAGAUUGGAAAGCGAAAGGCAGCACUUAAGGCUGAUAAGAGUCGCGUGACAUUGACCAAGAAAGCAAAAUUGGACAAAAAAGAUCCUAACAAACCAAAGAGGCCUCCUAGUCCCUUCUUUGUUUUUCUAGAGGAGUUCAGAAAGACUUACAAGGAACAGCAUCCCAACGUGAAGGCUGUUUCAGCUGUGGGAAAAGCUGGUGGCGGGAAGUGGAAAUCCUUGUCUGCUGCGGAGAAAGCUCCAUAUGAAGCUAAAUCGGCACAAUUGAAGGCAGAUUAUGAGAAGCUGAUGAUUGCGUACAACAAAAAACAGGAAAGUACGGAUGAUGAAGAUGAAAGGCCUGGCAGGUCAAAACCUGCUGUGAAUGAUGAAGAUGAUGAGGAAAGUGGGGAGGUAAUCUAUAUAAGCUAUGAUUUGAUGCAUAUCAGCUGCAUAGCAUGUCAUUCAAGUCUUACGUCUGCAAUGGUUUUCGUCUAACAAGAAAAAAAAAAUUGUCAUCUUCCCAUUUUUGGUUGCUAAAUAAGAAAUAGAAGCUGCUCUUCAAAGUCAUAGAUCUAGGAAUAUAAGCAGUCCAAUUUUUAAGUGAUCGUGAACCUCGAUUCACAAUGCUGUAGACUUUGCUUUGUGUCCCACCUAAUUGAAAAAGAAUUCAACCUGUUCAAAACUUAAUGGCUAAAUUACACUUUACCUCCCCUCCCUUC